AUGGGACUCUGUACAUCAAAGGAUGAAGGAAUGUCAACAUCUAGCCCACCAGAGGGUGGGACAAUCAAUAGAACGCGUAAAACAGUAAGCGAAAAGGCGGGGAACACAGGCGCCAAUGGAAUCUUGACGGAUUCUUCUACAACUCGGGUGGACGAGAAACCCAACGUCAGGCCCGAUGGGCGUGCAGGGGGAGGUGCAGCGAGUGCGAGUGGUGGCACUGGAGCUGACCCCAACAAGCGACAACAAUCUGUGGGGUCAACGCGAAGCGCCGCUUCGGCACAGUCGGUCGAGGCAAGCGGUGGCGCGAGCGGUGGUACGGGAAGCAGCGACAGCAGUAAGGCACUCAAGGUGUUGCUGUUGGGUUCUGGCGAGAGUGGUAAGUCUACAAUUCUACAACAAUUAAAAAUUCUGCACCAGAAUGGGUUUUCGCGUGAGGAGCUACUUGAGUACCGGCCGUUUAUUUUUGACAACGUCAUCGAGACCAGCAAGGACAUCAUUAGUGCACGUCAGCAGUUUCAGGUUGAAUUGGAGCCGGAUUCGGGCGUGACACAGGAGGACCUUGACGAAGUCAUGAAUUUCAGCACGCCAGGGUCUCAGUUGCAGCAAUUUCCGCAGCAUCUUGAAAAGAUUAUGAUGAAAGUCUGGAAUUUGCCCUCCACUCAAAAUCUAAUUACGGGCGAACACCGGUCUGCGUUUUACCUCAUGGAUAGCGCCCGCUACUUUAUGGACGGUCUGGACCGCAUCUCCACACCGAACUACCAACCCACCGUUAGAGACGUCCUCUUGUCACGGAAGAAAACUUCUGGUAUUUUUGACACCUUAAUUGAGAUGGACAGUAACCUCAAAAUGCACAUAUACGACGUGGGUGGCCAGAGAAGUGAGCGUAAGAAGUGGAUUCAUUGUUUUGACAAUGUCACCCUCAUCAUCUUCUGUGUUUCUUUGUCGGAAUACGACCAAACACUCCUGGAAGACAAGACUCAAAAUCGUUUGGACGAGUCACUUAUUCUAUUCGACUCGGUCGUCAACAGUAGAUGGUUCGCAAGAGCCUCCAUUGUGUUGUUUUUGAACAAGAUUGACGUAUUUGCCGAGAAAUUACAACAUGUUCCUCUCGAGAAGUACUUUCCAGACUACACGGGAGGACAAGACAUUAAUAAAGCUGCAAAAUACAUUUUGUGGCGGUUUGUUCAGCUUAACAGAGCACAUCUUAAUAUUUAUCCACACGUUACCCAAGCCACAGAUACUUCAAAUAUUAAGCUGGUUUUUGCCGCCAUCAAAGAGACAAUCCUGGAGAAUAGCUUAAAGGAUUCAGGAGUACUGUGA